AUGGCGUGCUCGACUACAUUCUACAGCAAAAACUCUACCUCAACUGAAUUGAAUCGCCCACGCGCGUUGCGUGCGGUCCCGCCAAUGUUAAUGCGCAUGCGCAUACCACACGCGUCGCGUCUGCGCGCGCGAGCGGGAGAUAUAAACCGACCGGUGCCUGUGCUGUGUAUCAUGUCGUCUCAGAGAGCUCGGUCUUAUUCCUUGGCCAUUGCUCGUCGUCGUAGAUCGUCGCGUUUACACAAUCAACUUGGUAGCGUGAGCGAGCAUGGCCUGACGUCCACGCAAAUAGAAGCAUUUCGUGAGGUGUUCAGUCUGUUUGACGUGAACGGCGGAGGAACCAUCGACGCCCAAGAGCUCCACAGUGCCCUUGCCUCUGUUGACAUUCGCCUCACGAAAGAAGAGAUCGAGGAUGUCCUCUGCGUCAUGGACGAAGAUGGGAACGGGGAGGUUGACUUUGAAGAGUUUCUGACGCUGAUGACCUCCACUGAGAAAUACCUUGAGGCACUGGGAGGUGAGAAGGAGGAUAAAGAGAGCCUCCUCUUUUCUGCCCUGACAAAGUUCAUGAUGAAGUCUGCUCUCUCGUCCAUCUCAGAGAUUGAGAGGUACUACAAUGCCAAGGUGCGCAAGUCUCCCCACGUGGUUGGACACUAUGCAGCUGGGGCCAGGCUGAUAGGACUCACAGAGAAGCAGAUGGCCCAGCACCUGGCCACACUCAACCAGUCCGGAGACGAAAACAGCGACUCUCCCUAUGCGCAACCGGUCUGUCUGUUCAACUCGCAGGGAUCCCUAGAGAAACAGUCCAGGAAGGGCAAGAUACGGCUGAGGAUCAUCAACAAGAAACUGAAAGACUCGAGUGACACUGAAGUAAGGUCUGCUGUCGGAGAAAAGACUGGGGAUUCUGCCAUGUGCAAGCCGUCGGGAAGCACAGCGUCGACAGUCACUCGCAGCAAGACGCCAGCCUCCUGCAUGUCUCCCAUGUGUCUGCGGCCUCAGAUCUCAGUCAAACUACCCGCCAUCUCCAUGAGCACAGUCCAGAAGAACCCCGACCAGCUCACCAUUGAAGACCUGCCCACCAUUCGAUCACAGGUCCGGAGGGCCUACUACAGGUUCUACACCCAGCAGCAGAACCGGAGCGAGGACCGUGUGAACACGUUUGCCGACAUAAGCCAGAUCCCGCAGAGCCUCCAGCUCCCGUUUCUUCUCAUACUCACCGCCUACGGCGUGAAGCCCGCCAACAUCCCCCACCGUCUGAGGCUGCGUCUGGCCCAACAGAGGCCAUGGCAACAGGAUCAGUUCCUCCCCUCCAUAGUCCUCGACUAGAGAGAGACCCCUAUUAUUAUAAUGUCAUAAUGACCUGCUUUCUGUAAAAAAAAUCACAUGGUGACUCAUUUAACACACAUUGAGAUAAUUGAGGUGAUUAUACUA